CUCGACUACUUUCAAUCAGCACCCACAUAUAGCACUACAAACAACACGUCUCCAUCAGCUACACUACAACUACCCAUCUCUCGAAGCCCACCAUAUCAUCCUGCUCCCUAGGGCUCUGGCAUCAACUGUCACAAUGGUCGCCUCCCCACCCUCCCCCAAUUUCUUCACGAAACGCAUAAUCCACCCCCUCGGCUUCACAAAAACCUACAACUUCUGGCUCUACUUCAUCUUCGGCGGCGCAUUCGUAGGCUUCGCCCUAGCCCGCUUCUCCUACCUCGACUUCUCGCGAAACUUCUGCCCUUCCUCCGGGUCCUCCUCCAGUGGCAAUGGCGCCGCGCCCGGAGAAUGCUACUACUACCUCAACUUCAGCCAGUACAAAAUCGGCAUCUUGUUGCAUCUCGCUGGCGUGCUACCCGCGAGUCUCCUCGCUGUGCUGCAAUUCACGCCGUUUAUUCGAAAGAGGUGGAUUAUCGUUCAUCGAAUCGGAGGCUACGCUGCGUUGCUGCUUUACCUGGUGGGCCUCGCUGGCGCACUGAUGAUCGCACGGCAUGCAUUCGGCGGCGGGCUUGAUGUACAGGCUUGGAUUGGACUCGCUGGGCUGGCAUCGCUGGGCUGCUUUAUCGUCAGCUAUAUCAACGUCAAGAGGUUGCAGAUUGAGCAGCACCGAGCGUGGAUGCUUCGGGGCUGGUUCUACGCCGGCACCAUCAUCACGACUCGACUCAUCCUGAUCAUCGCCGCGCAAGUCAUCGCAUCGCAAAAUUACUACGUCGUCUGGUCCUGCGCAAAGCUCGCCGCGACGAUCGCCGGUGACAUGGAUCUAGCGUCUUCGUACCCUGCCUGCGCAGCCUUCGUCAACGGCACUGAUCCUGAGGCCGUCUCCAGCGUCGCGGCGACAUUUGCGGUUGGGGGUCCGGAGAACACGGGGGCCGCGUUGAAUGCGGGGUUUGGUAUGGCGUUGUGGGUGUCGCUCGCGCUGCACGCUUUUGGUGUGGAGGUGUACUUGCAGCUUACGCCGAAGGAAGCGCAGAGGUUGAGGCAGAUCAGUUAUCAGAGGCAGUUGGAGGCGGGCAUGCGCAAUCCGGGAUCGGCUGGUCUUACGGCAGAUCGGCUGGGAGAUGCGGAGAAGUGGGUUCCGGUUGAGACUAAGGAAGACGGUGUGAGCACGGAAAGGAGUGAGGCGACUGACUCUACUGCUGUGGCGGAGACGAAGUAACGACGGGUGCUAUUUCUCAGGUGUUUUCGCAUAGCGUAGAGCGUUUUGUUUUUCGAUUGAGCUUCUGGGAGCGAGGCGUUAGACUAGUCAUUUGUGUAGAACGUUGAGAUAUAAUUCAGAAUAACAUUCAAAACUCCGCCCCUAAUUUCGUUGAGGUUAUCAAUAAUUCAU